AUGAAUGUGAACAAGAAGCUGGAUCGUUUUAAACAAUGGGCCGGAGAGCGCAUGGGAGGAGAAGUCAAGACCAGUGUGUCCGACGAUUUCAAAGCACUGGAAAUGGAGAUGGGCCUGCGCCAGGAUGGUCUGGAGAAGAUGCUGAAAUCCAUGAAUGGAUACAUGAAAGCAAUCUCCAAAAGAUCUGAAGUAGAGGGCAAAGAGAAAACGCUACCGAUAGCCUACCUGGGAGGAACCAUGAUAGCCCACGGAGAGGAUUUCGAGCCUGACUCUGAUUAUGGGCAAUCGCUGACCAUGUUUGGUCGGACUCAGGAGAGACUGGCUCGCGCCCAAGAAACAUACAUCACUAGUGCUACGAAUUCAUGGCUUGAGUCCUUGGAAAGGUCACAGGUCCAGAUGAAGGAAUUCCAGGCUGCUCGCAAGCGGCUCGAAACAAGGAGGCUUGCUUACGAUACAUCAUUAGCGAAGAUGCAGAAAGCGAAGAAGGAGGAUUUCCGAGUUGAAGAAGAACUACGGACACAGAAGGCGAAAUACGAAGAGUCCGCCGACGAUGUCCAACGAAGGAUGGAGGAGAUCCGUGAGGCUGAUCCGGAGAGCGUGUCGGAUCUAGCAGCCUUCCUUGACGCUGAAUUAGCAUACCAUGAUAAGUGCAGGGAAGCGUUGUUGCAAUUGAAAAGCGAGUGGCCGGCGAAAUCGCAACAGUACAGAGGUUCUCGACCUACUGCUCGGUCCCGGUCCAACACGGUCCGCUCCUAUACCCAAUACUCGGAAACGGCUGAGGAACCGACUCCGACUCCUGUGGUUGAAGUACGACCAACCAUCAAAUCGAGCCGCUCAUCAACAGGUCGUUACGGCGAUCAGCCCGAUGACCGCUCGCCGCGCCCGACUUUUAACAGAUCAACCACAUACGAUGGUGGACGGGAGUUGUCUGCCGCGAACAUGACCCGCAUUUCACGAGUACCAAGCGACUCUCUGAUGAUUCGCACUGCACGUUCACAGCUACGGAACGUCGAAGAACAAGAUGUCUUUGCCGACGAAUCAGGUUCUUAUACGACUAGCAGUCCUGACCGUGGCUAUGGAGAUCAAUCAGUCUCUCCUGCUACCUCGUAUGGAAGUGGUUCGUUCACGCCUCUAAAGAAGAGCAGCGUACCACCGCCACCUCCCCCAUCUCGUGCAAAGAAACCCCCUCCACCUCCGGUGCCUGCCAAGCGGACUCUGCUGACGUAG